GCGGCGUGCGCGGGCGUGGCGGUGGGGCGAUGCCUGCCUAGCAGUCUCGCACGGGACACAGCAGCAGAGCGGACGAAACGGAGGCUAGGGGAUGGCUGGGCCAAGGUCAUACUUCAGCAAAGGGCAGAGGCGAGGGAUUUGCACCCUGGGCUUUCAGCUCCCCCCUCUCGGGGCGGCUGCCCGGCUCAGCGGGACCUCAGAGCUGGGGUUUGUGCCGCUGGCCGCCAGCCCCUUCUGCAAGCACCGGUUCCCGGCUGGUUGUGCGAUGCACUACCUAACUUCCCACAGCCCCUGCGCCUCCUAAAGAACAGUCCAGGACCAGGCAUCGCACGCCGUGGGUGCACAUGCCAGCCUGGCUCCUGCUUGACUUGUGCCCUUUGUGAAGCUCAGUUUCCCCGCUGAAACUGCAAAGAUCUGGGCGUCUGUUUCUGGAAUGAAAAGGUCAACUCCAAGAAAGGAGGAAUGGGGGCUCCGUUGGGAGGGCACCGGGGGUUCAGAGGCAGGGACUGGCCGGGGAGACCCCUGCUCAGGGUAAGGGCCUGGGACUGGCCUCUUGCAGGAGUCGGGGCCUCAGGGCCCUGGCCGUAACCCCAUCUACACCCUGGGCCAGGCCCCAUCUCCCCCGCACCGCGCUGAGUCCCCAAAAGGGACAGUUCUGUUGCUUCCAGAGCCCGCCCCAUCGUGGCAUCGCCGGCUCUGAUUGGACAUCUAACUAGGCCAGCAGAGCUCUUGGCUGCGAUAGGCCGAGGUGUCCGCCCGUCCGCUGGAGGGCCCGCCCCUCGGGGAGGGAUUUAAAGGGCUGGCUGCUCCAUCGUGGCGGCGGGAUGUCCCUGCGCUGACCGCCCGCGGCCCGUGCUCGCCAGUGUAGACGCGCCCGGGCCGACCUCGCGCCACCAUGUAAACGGCGCCCGCAGGCGGACGCUGCCUUCCGCGCCCGGGACCCCUCUGCCCAGCCACGGGCCCCGGGGCCCUCGAUGAGGACACGCCAUGCUGACCGGGGUGACCGAGGGCUUCCUCUGCUGCCUGCUGGGCUCGCCGCCCAACGCCGUGGGGCCGCUGGAGAGCGUCGAGUCGGGCGACGGCUACACCUUCGUGGAGGUCAAGCCGGGCCGCGUGCUGCGGGUGAAGCACGCGGGCGCGGCGGCGCGCGCGGCGCCCCAAGAGGACCAUUCACAUUGACUGCGAGAAGCGCAUCACCAGCUGCAAGGGCGCGCAGGCCGACGUGGUGCUGUUCUUCAUCCACGGGGUGGGCGGCUCGCUGGCCAUCUGGAAGGAGCAGCUGGACUUCUUUGCGGGCCUGGGCUACGAGGUGGUGGCGCCCGACCUGGCCGGCCACGGGGCCAGCUCGGCGCCGCAGGUGGCCGCCGCCUACACCUUCUACGCGCUGGCCGAGGACAUGCGGGCCAUCUUCAGGCGCUACGCCAAGAAGCGCAACGUGCUCAUCGGGCACUCCUACGGCGUCUCCUUCUGCACCUUCCUGGCCCACGAGUACCCGGACCUGGUGCACAAGGUGAUCAUGAUCAACGGCGGCGGCCCCACGGCCCUGGAGCCCAGCAUCUGCUCCGUGUUCAACAUGCCCGCGUGCGUCCUGCACUGCCUGUCGCCCUGCCUGGCCUGGAGCUUCCUCAAGGCCGGCUUUGCGCGCCAAGGGGCCAAGGAGAAGCAGCUGCUGAAGGAGGGCAACGCGUUCAACGUGUCGUCCUUCGUGCUGCGGGCCAUGAUGAGCGGCCAGUACUGGCCCGAGGGCGACGAGGUGUACCACGCCGAGCUGACCGUACCCGUGCUGCUCGUCCACGGCAUGCACGACAAGUUUGUGCCGGUGGAGGAGGACCAGCGCAUGGCCGAGGCCGCGCGUGCGCAGAGGGGCCUGGUCCGCUUCCAGCCUGCGCGCCGGGCGCUGUCCUGGCCGGCGGAGGAUGACCUUGUACAGAAGCCCCGCCACAGCGCCACGCGUGGCCACCCGCCGCUCUGUCUUCCGUGUCACCUGUGCUUGUCCAGGGGCCCUCCUCCUCCUGCUCGGAUGGGGUCCUAUCCCGUUGCCCGCACCCAUGCCCCACUCCUCGGCGCUGGGAGCUAUUGUUGCCCAAGGGGGGAGGGACUGGGGCGGGGCUGACCAGCGAACUGCACAUCUCAACUGUAACUCAAUAAACAUAAGCGACAGUCGGA